CGUCAGGUGCUCAAGGAGGCGCAGGUGUCAGCUGCGCGGAGGUUCUGCGACCAUAGAGUCCGGAAGUGCGGCCAGAGCAGCUCCUCAGGGUGCUGCGCGGUGUCCGCCCGGGACCAGCGAGGGCCGCGCCCGGGCGGGCGGAAUGGUUGCAGGACUGGCCAUCAGGGUGGUCGCCGGGCUGGCGGCCGCGGCGCUGGCUGCGGUGCUGUUGGAGCACUACGGCCUGGCCGGCUCGCCCUCGCCGCUGCCCCGGCCCCACGUCCCCCGGAGGCCGCACCCGGCGCCGGGCCUCGGAGCCACCAACAUCUUCUGGGGUCUGCAGAUAUCCGACAUUCACGUGAGCAGGUUUCACGAUCCAGGGAGAGCUGUAGACUUAGAGAAGUUCUGUUCUGAAACUAUUGACAUCAUCCAACCAGCUCUCGUCCUAGCAACAGGAGACCUGACAGAUGCCAAAACAAAAGACCUGUUGGGAUCUAGGCAGCAUGAGGUAGAAUGGCAAACUUACCAUGGUAUUCUGAAGAAGACAAGGGUCAUGGAAAAAACCAAGUGGCUUGAUAUCAAAGGAAAUCAUGAUGUGUUCAACAUUCCAAGUCUGGAGAGUGUCGAGAAUUAUUACAGGAAAUACUCUGCCGUACGUAGGGAUGGUUCUUUCCAUUAUGUCCACAGUACUCCUUUUGGCAACUAUUCUUUCAUCUCUUUGGAUGCCACCCCAAAUCCAGGGCCUAAGAGACCCUUUAAUUUCUUUGGAAUUUUAGAUGAGAAACGGAUGCAGGAGCUUUCAUUACUGGCCAAAGAAAGUAGUAGGAGCAACCAUAGUAUUUGGUUUGGACACUUUACAACAUCCACUAUUCUUUCUCCAUCACCAGGAAUUCGGUCAAUAAUGAGCUCGGCUACAGCUUAUUUGUGUGGGCACCUCCAUACGCUGGGUGGACUGAUGCCUGUUUUGCACACUCGUCACUUCCAGGGCACUUUGGAACUUGAGGUGGGAGACUGGAAGCAGAACAGAAGGUACCGCAUCUUUGCUUUCGAUCAUGACCUCUUUAGCUUUGCAGAUUUGAUCUUUGGCGAGUGGCCUGUGGUUCUUAUCACAAAUCCAAAGUCCCUCCUCUAUAGUUGUGCUAAACAUGAACCACUAGAAAGAGUCCUUCACUCAACCCACAUCAGAGUCUUGGCCUUUUCAUUAUCCUCCAUUACUUCUGUCACAGUUAAGAUUGAUGGAGUUCAUUUAGGGCAAGCUGUUCAUUUGUCUGGUCCUAUUUUCACACUGAGGUGGAACCCAAGAAACUACAAUAAUAGGACACAUAACAUAGAAGUAAUUGUCCAGGAUUCUGCUGGAAGACGUAAGAGUGUUCACCACAUAUUUUCUCUUCAAGAGGAUAUUCAUCUCCGAUUUGACCCUCUGGCAUCAUUUAUUCUUCUUACUGACCACUGCAUGGUGGCCCGAGUCCUUUUUGUGAUGACAGUGCUGAUCCAGCUCUCCAUCCUCAUUACUUUUAGGCAUCAAAGAUGUCUAGAGCUCAAAGGACCUCCAGGAUUUAUUAAUUUGACCUCAUUUUCCCUUCAUGUCUUGAGCAAAAUAAAUGUCUUCUACUAUUCUGUGUUGUUGCUGACUCUAUAUACAAUGCUGGGACCAUGGUUUAUUGGUGAAAUUACUAAGGGCAAAAUAGGUUGCUGCUUUUCCUUUGGGAUCUUUGUUGAUGGCCAUUUCCUACAAGGCAGUGUAACAUUUAUGGUUGGAAUUCUCCAGUUGGCGUUUUUUAACAUCCCUUUGAUGGCUUACCUGUGUUGGAGCUUGCUGCAGCGGUGCUUUGGUCACAACUUCAGGUCUCAUCUCCAUCAAGGAAAACGCUUGAAAAUUAUACCUGUUCACCUUCUUAUGUUACUGCUGUACAUCUGGCAGAUUUAUUCCUGCUACUUUCUUCAUAUGACAUUUGGAACUCUAGCGUUUUUCUUCUCCCCUUUAAGGACCUGGUUGACAUUGCUGACACCUAUUCUCAUUCAUUGUGUGUGGACACGGAACUCCGACAAGCUUGGAACCUUCACAGUGCAGUUAAAAAGCCACUUGAGCUCCUGAAAGCCACGUCUCACCAUCCACCUCUGUAGGCCUCUGCCCCAGCAGCAGGUGGAAAGCCAGUAUUGGUGGGCACGCUUCGGGGAGCUGCUGCUCCUUGGACGCCUGGGAGUUGGGGAAAUUACCCACUAUUCAUUCCUGCAGAAUGGAGUGCAGAAAAGUCUCUAAAUAAUGCCAUGAUUCCUUCCUUCCUCAAGAAAGCAAAGGAUUGAUUUACUUUUGUGAAGAGAAAGCCUGCAUCUAGAUCUACAGGAGGGCCUGGAUGUGUAUGGGCGCAUGUGCAGCCCAGUGUUUUUAGGUUUACCUCAUGUAAAGUACCUAGCACAGUACCUAGCUGUCAAGGGUGCCACUUUAGGGAAAGGGAACCAGUGUGAACUUGAGCCUGACCCUGACUACCCUUGAGCUAUUAUUAUAGCUCCCAGUCCCUUUUUUCUGCUUCCUUAGUCGGGGGUGUUUUCAACCAAUCAAAUAAAUGAAUGAUAAA